ACACAGAAUCCGGCCCCAAAUGAAACAAGCAGCAGAGUCUGUAUCGGUGCGGGCCACACAUCACCUGGCGCGCCACGGUUGAUUCCGCCCAGCUACCAGUCUAAGGACGCGUAACAAGUAUGCUUUGAUACAUAGGCUAAACACCAGGCAGCGGUUUGUGGGCGUGAGGCGCUCGCGCUUGAAUUGACAAGGGCGCAAUGGAGGACGCGGAAGAUGAACGCGCCAACGCGCUCGUAGCGGCAGUCUCAAAGCUGUAUCCUCGUUUGGAGCUGGAAUGCGAAACGAAGGAGGGAAAAUGGCAGCGGGCGGCCGUUCUUGGCGGCCAUGAGGACUCGACUGAGUCCAUCAAUGUGCAGCUGGAGGAUGGACAGGUCAAGCUGCUGGGCGAGUGGGUCAUGGAGGAGUGCAUGGGGGAGGCAGAGCCGCCAGAGGACGAGGGGCCGGAUGAGCGGGACGUGCGCUUGCGGCGGGAGCGCAAGGUGGUCAUGAAGAAGACGCGCGUGGUGCGGUACGGCGGAGAGCGAGUGGAGCCGCCGAAAGCGCUGGGGGAAUGGCUGCGCGAGCUGCACGAGCAGUGGAACGUAACACAGCUGAAGGAGGGCACCAAGGUCAUGGUGUACUGGUAUGACCAGGGUCCUGACGAGCGGGCGGAGCAGGCGGAGAAGGACCGCAAAGCGAUGGCGCGGGGCCAGCGGCCCGGCCGCGGGCACACCUGGUGGCCGGUGUCCUACUCAUCCGAUCCCCGCUACAAGGAGUAUGGCAUCUGGUACAUGGCGCGCGUGAAGUGCUACAAUACCGCCAAGCGCACGCUCACGGUGUGCUAUGAUGCGGACGACCAAGAGCCGGAGCUGCUGCUGCCGCUCAACUUCGUGCACUUCGGCAGCAAGCCCCCCGAGGUGGGUAGCUACGCGCAAGCGCUGCCGCCGCCCUGGCAGCCACCCGGUGCCGCGGCACCCGCCCCGGGCGCUGCGGCGGGGCGUUCCGCAGCCGCAGUGGGAGCAGGCGCAGCGGGGACGAAGCAGGCGGCAGUCGCCGGCAGCGCGAGCGCUGUGAAGGCCGAUGCCAAGGCCGCGGCGGCUGCAGGGCCGGCGGCCACGGCCGCCGCCGGCGGGGGCUCCGCGCCACCCAAGGCCAAGGCGGCCCCGGUGGCGAAGCGGCCGGCGGUUGACCUGCUGGACGACUUUGAGGAGAAGCUGGAGAACCUGCCCAUUGCAAAGCGGUUCAAGCCUGCCCAGCCCGUGGCCAAGCCUGUUGCAGCAGCGGCCGGCGGUCCGGCAGGUGGCAGCGGCGGCGGCGCGGGCGCCAGUGCCAAAGCGCCGCAGGCUGUGGCUGCGGUGAAGGAACCCAUGGCUGCAGCAACGGAGGAGGCGAAGGACCACGGAGCGGCUAAGGUGAAGCCCCUGCAUCCCAUCCAGCAGCCGCAACAACUGCUGAAGGCGCCCAAGCCCAGCGCUGCGGCGGCCCCACCCCCGCGGAGUGAUACCCAGGCUGCUCCUGCAAUCCGUGACGAGCAACAAGGGCCACGCCAGCCGUCUUUGCAGCGCCAGCCCUCCGCAAAGGCCAACAACAACGCCGGAGCCGGCUCCGUAUUGCCGCUCAUCCGCACCGGCAGUGGUACAGCUGCCGGUACAGCACCGGCGGCUGCAGCGCCUGCCGCAUCCAAGCCGCAGAAAGCCGGCAACACGUCCUCAGCUAAGCCGCCCUUGCAGUCCGGGGCAGCAACAGGGGCUGGGACCGGCAGCCGGACGGACGCGGCCCCAGCAGCUGGCAUUGCGGCGAAGUCGGGCGCGGAUCUGGAAGCAGGGCCACUCAAGAAGAAGCCGAGGCCCUCCGGUGCGGACGGGUCUGGUCCCAGCCAGGCAGCAGCAGCGGCAGCAGGCAUUGACGACGCACGCAGGGGCGUGGCGGCGCCUCAAGCCAAGGCGGCUGUUGGCAGCAGCGCCAAGGCGGCGCAGCCGGCGGAGCAGGCCGCAAGGCCCAGGGCAUCGUUGCCACUGCCGGGAGCUGUGCCCGCCGAGAAGCGCGAGGGUGCAGCUGCUGGUGCUGCCGGCGAGGCCCAGAAGGCGAACAAACCUGCUGAGGCUGCACAGCCGCCAAAGGCGCCACGCGCGAGCGAUCCAGGGCCUUCACGGUCCACCAAGGAAAAGGCAAAGAAGGACGCAGCACCUUCAGGCGCACAAAAAGAGCGGUCGGCGGAUGCGCCCGCCCGCCCUUUGGCGACAACGGCGCCAAGGCCACUGCCGGGCGCGGCAAAGGGCGCAGCUGGCCGCGAGCCGUCUGCUGCAGCUGCAGCCGCGCCGGCAGUACCGUCGCCCGCCCCGGCACCGGCAUUAGCAGCGGCAACGACUGCGGUUGGUCCGUUGGCCGUGGUCGCCGCUGCCCCACACCUUGAUUUGGCGCUGCCAUCGAACGGCCCCACCAACCGUGUGGCUUGGCCGGGCACGGGCCAGACGUCGCCGGAGCAGAUUGCGAUGUGGAUGUCGCGGCCGGCGGCCUUUCCGCUGCGCGUCCCGCGCUGCCAUCACCACGUGAUGGCGCUGGAGGCCAAGGCCGCAUCGUUGGCGUCGCAGGCCGCUGCUGGCGGCGGCGCCGCCGCAGGCGCUGCAGGCGCCGCAGGGCCUUCCGGUGUAGCAGCGGCGCCGACGCCCGGCCCGGCGGCCACUGCAGCGACGGCCACAGAAUGGCGCACGGGCGCGAGCGCGGCGGGGGCGGCGCCGGCGGGGACAGGGCCGGCGGCUGAGGAGGUGGCGAGCGUGGGCAGCACGAUUGCGGACAGCGACGAGGGCGAGGAUGAUGCACAGGGUGGCGUGGCACUGCCGCCGCCGCCGCCAGCUACGGGCGGCAGAAGUGCGGUUAACAAAGCGGCACCAGAUGUGGCAGCAGCCACCGCAGCUGGGCCCUCCGCGCCGCCCCGCGUAAAGCCCGUUGGCAACAUGCCAAGCGGCCAGCGGGUGUCAAUGCCGGCCGCCGGGGCCAAGCCAGCCGUCAAAGCCGGAGCCGCGCGAAGCGCACCGGGCGCACCUGCUGCAGGCGGCGGCGGUGGCGGCGGCGGCCGCUCCAAGGGCCUGGAGGCGACGCUGUCGGCGCUCCACGAAAACACGAACGAGCUGGACAACGUGGUGGAGGCCAUGAUGCUGCAGCCCUCACCUGCUACAGCCGGCGACGGGGCUGUAGCUGCGGCCGCUGCCGCCGCUGCCGCCGCUGCUGCUCCUGCUACUGCCAGCGGUGCUGGCGCGUCGUUGGCGCCAGGCGCGGCUGGGCUGCAGGGCGAGGCUGCCUACCUGUUUGAGGACGACGCUCCCGAGUUUGCGGCGGGGCUUGACAAGGGCGCGUACCGGGUGGUGAUGCCCUCGCGCAAGCAUGCGGCACAGAUGCAGGCGGCAGGCCAGCGCUGGGCGGCGGCGCAUGCCGGAGGCCGCGCGGGCGGCUCUGGUGCUGGUGCUGGCAGCGCUGGGCGUUGAGCCGUCGAUGGUUGGUAGCGCGCGUGCGGCAUUAGAAGUGGGUUCACGAGGGCGGCGGGUGCAGGCACUGUACUGGUGUACGGUAUACGCUGUGGCACGAGCCCCAGAUACUGGCUUACGGCUCGGUUGUGCCUCGACGAGAAAGGUGGCCCUCCCUUGCAAGGGGAAAAGUGGGCUGCACCCCCACACGCGGACACUGUGUUGGGGUGUCGCACAAAUGUCGUUGUAUCCGGUGUGUUCUUACUCGUAGCUGGUACGCUACAGUUCCCAAUAGUGCAGUGCAGUGGUGGUAGAGGGUGUUGCCAUCCGUGUGCGAUGGGACCGUGUUUAGGAAGGUUUGUGAAGUGGCGGACCGCACACGCGUGCCACUUCUUUGUUUCCUGCUGCAAACUUGAUUCACGGGUGUUGGCUGUGCGUCUCUGGGCAUUGUGCAUCAGCCUCGCCUACACCCGCGCUGCAUGCUGUUGUGGCUAAUCUUGAUAAGGUCUGAACACAAUUUAGUCAAGAUUCCGGAAGGCAGGCUCAUUCGGGCGCCUCGCUAGCUCUGAAGCCCGGGCGCAUCUGUUCUAGGCUCAAGCUCAACACAUUGUUCGCGUGUGGGGACGCCGCGUUGGCCAGAGCCACGGAUGGCCCUUAUACACCAUGGGGGCAUGUCGCACCCGUGGAGGGCACUGUAAGGUCUGGGACUGGUGCUUCCCUUCCAAGCUGGGUCCACACAUCAAACUGACUGAGGCGGAAACCACGGGCGAAACCCUGCUGAAACAAACGAAUGCCCCGGCCUAGUCAGGGCGCAUGGGCCUCUCGUGGCAUUACGAACA